GAAGAAACGUUCCGAUCUCCAUCGCAAAGAAUCAGAACGGACAGAAAAUGCCGUAGAGAUCAUGAAAACAAGUGGUUUAAUAACACAUUUUGUUUACAAAUUUAAACAGAAACGUGCUAAAAUUAUUUUUAUAAACACUAACAUCAUGGCUAGAGGGCUUAUUGACUGUCACUGUCACUUGUCAGCAAAUGAGUUUACACAGGAUAUAGAUGACGUCCUUUUGAGAGCUAAAAGAGCUGGAGUGAAAGCUCUUGUAGCAGUUACAGAGGGAGCCAGUGAGUUUGAGAAAGUUAUUCUGCUGUCAAAAACCUAUCCUGGCUUUGUGUUCCCUUGUUUUGGCAUUCAUCCCCUUCAAGGAUCAGGGCAAGACUUGCAUAGUGUCAAUAUUCAGGACCUGGAGCCAUUCCUUCCUUUGUUCCAGAAGUACAGGGCUGAUAUUGUUGCAGUCGGUGAGAUUGGUCUUGAUUUUACCCCCUGGUUUGCAAAUACUACUCAAGAGCGUGAUGAGCAGAUAAAAGUCUUUAUAAAACAACUUGAAAUAUCUAAAGAACUGGAUUUGCCAGUGAAUGUACAUUCCCGCUCAGCAGCCAAGGUUACCAUAGACACGAUGAAAGAACUAGGGAUUAGACAAGCAUUAUUGCAUAAUUUUGCCGGCAAGCCAUCAGUUGCUAUGGAAGGGGUUCAGGCUGGAUUCUGCUUCUCCUUUCCGCCUGCUGUCAGCAAAACCGAGCAGAGAGCAAAAUUAAUCAGACAGAUUCCACUGGAACACAUUUGCCUCGAGACAGAUUCUCCAGCCUUGGGGAUUGAAAAACAUGUUAGAAAUGAGCCCGGAAACAUAAUGAUCUGCUGUGAAUACAUUGCGAAGGUUAAGGGAAUAUCUUCAGACGCAGUUAUGGAGGUCACAACACAAAAUGCCCUUCGGUUGUUUUCUAAGUUAAAAAGCUAGAAUUUUUUUUUUCUUAUAUCAUUUCAUUUUGUUAAUAAAGUGCUCACUCAGAGAAAACAAA